GUUUAAAACAAACCAUGAGCAAUAGUCGACCUGAUCAUUCCCUUGUAAAAUACAAUACACCUAUUCUAGUAAGUACAUCCAAGGGAGGUAAGAAGAAACAGAAGAAGGCUCUUCCCCCACUGAAAGAGUCGGCUACCACGAGUAACGAAGACCUCCUCAAUGAAAUUCUUCCACCAAGAGAAUUUACCCAAAAAGGGCAGCUCUGGAUACAAUAUGUCUCAGCAACGCCUGCCACUAGAGUCGAUGUUGUGAACCUCAAAAAGGAGCUGAAUACUAAGUUAGACCAAAGGCAAGCUAUUAAGACAGGAAUCUGUCCAAUCCGUGAAGAGUUAUAUGCCCAAUGCUUCGAUGAGAUGAUCAGACAAAUAACUAUCAACUGUAAUGACAGGGGGUACCUACUAGUCAAGGUCAGAAACGAGAUAAAUAUGACCAUCCAGGCUUACCAGAGCCUCUACGAAAGCGCUAUCUCCUCAGGAACCAGAAAAGCAAUCCAGUCUGAUCAAAAAUAAAAGUGAUAUAGUUGACAAAAUUGCUCAAUUAGAACAUGAAUGCCUUUCCCUUGAGAGAGAAAGCGAAGAUCUCGAGCUCCAAGUCGAGGAAACCAUUAAGAAACACGAAGAGAUUAGAGAAAAAGAAACUAGUGAGCACAAAAAAUGGAAAGAAGAAGUCAAGCUUAAACUUCAAGAAUAUAGGAAUGAUAUUGAUGAAGCACUUUCAAAUCCAAAUAGAUAAAUAAUAAAUUCUAACCAAACGUAUUCAAGCACCA